AUGAGCAAAAAGUUCAAAUCGCAAGCCUCAAGCAGCCGUGCUGCUGCUGGUGCAUAUGGAUCUUUUGGUGGAUUCUCCAGUGCCUUCUCGAGUGCAGGAAGAGCCCCUUCCUCUCUCACAUAUGUCACCGCGCCACCAGAUCUGUCGCGAAUUGCGGAUGCGAAACUGGCCAUUUCUUUCAAAAACUUCCUGAAGAAGGAUGAAGUUACGAGAAUAAAAGCAUUAGAUGAGAUUAAAGAUUAUGUAUUGACCGUCGAAAGUCGUGAUGCCACUCUGGAUGACGGGUUUUUGGAUGCUUGGAUCAAGAUUUAUCCACGGGCCUCGAUUGACCUUUCCCGUAGGGUAAGGCAGACAGCUCAUUCAGCUCAAGGAUCCAUUGCCUCUGUUGUUGGCAAAAGGAUAGCCCCGUAUUUGCCUAAGGUAAUUGGGGCAUGGCUUGCAGGAUUCUACGAUAAUGACCGACCCGUGCAUCGAGCUGCCCUAGAGUCGUUCAUGCUGGUGUUCACAACCGAAGAGAAAAGAAACGGAGUAUGGAAAGUCUACCAGAGCUCAAUUCUCGACUUUGUAGAUGAUGUUAUUCUGCAACAAACUCCUCAAACUCUUAGUGAUGAAAGGACAGUGAAGCCUGAUGAUGCGGAGGCAAAGUAUGCUCGUGUAGUGGGGACAGCUCUCCUGCUAUUGAAUCGAGUCAUAGCAAAUUCAACUCACGAAGACCUCCAAAAGGAUCUGGCCACGGUAGAGAAUCUACUGAAUAGCAAAUCGAUGUGGUCCCUCUGCUUUCAUGCCGAUCCAUUUGUUCGCAAGUCCGUCUAUGUCUUGCUUAGGUCUGCUGUAGCAAAAGAACCCGAGGAGCUGGAUUGGAGGAUCAUCAGUGCAGCUCUGAUUGGCAAAUCCUUGUCCAUCAAUCAAAUGGGGUCGGCCUCCGAUCUUUCUGAAUGUUUGCUGGAAGUAACUUCAGCACGACCGCAAUUGUGGGCGGAAGAUUACUCCGGAAAGACUACGUCUUCCAAGAGACUCCUUCAAUACAUCCAGAAAGGCUCCCAGGGAGGCGUGGCCUCCUUUUGGUCAAAUCUUCGCCAACUACUGCAGAUUAUACCUGUGGAAGUGCUGGCGAAAACUGAUCCGCAGGCAUCUACUUGCCGCAUGAUUGGGCUAUCUAGUGCAACUUUGUUGACGGAAGCGUUUCAACUUGGAGUGAAUUCAAGAGAAGAGCCGCGGCAAAAUCAAGCUCUGGGUUGGAAGUCUUACAUUGAGACAGGCAUUUGGCUAACUAGUUCCCUACCCGACAGCGAUAGGGACGCUUUUCUACACACAAGGCUAUCUCCUCUAGUUACCCAGUACGUGAGAGCUGAGCAAAAUGCGCCGCAAUGGACGCUCCCGAAUCAGAAUGCCGUAGCUCUCUGCACAGAGUAUUCUGUCGCGUUAGCUAAUGGCAAUUACGGGAGCGAAUUCCAGCGGCUGUGGACCGAUUUAGCGGAUGGUCUGCUCAAAUCCGUCAAACUAUCUGCUCCAGAGCAGUCAAAGGAAUUCAGAUCGUCACAAGAUGCCGUAUGUGCGCAAGCUGAACGGCUCUUUGCUCUGGAGGCUUCAGUGCUUGCAAGUGUAGCCGACUCAGAGGCGAGAGCCUCCGUGUCCAACAUUCUUAGCAAGACAAACUUGCCACUUCUGGACAAUUGCUUGCAAGUAUUGCGCUCUCGGAAUGGCAAGCCUUAUGCUGCUGCUGCGGUCGUUGAAGAGAUGAUCCGCAACGCUGCAGAUAUUGCACAGCAAUCUCGAGAAUUGGCGGAUUUUGUUCAGAAUGAUGCCCCCGAAUUGUUGUCCUCUCCAUCGGCUGACCGCCUCGUAUCAGUCAUCUUAUCCUGCCGUUCUUGGGACGGAUUCGGCUCUAGCUUUGACACAGUGGUAGAACGAGUGGCGGAAUCCGAACCGGAGCAAUCAAAUACACAUGCUGUCCAGAAGCUACUUUCAACUCUCGAUUUCAAAGAAGUGCAUGACAAAACAGGUCUUGACUCAUUGAUCAAACGGGCUUUGGACCAAGCUUGCAGAGGUAGCCGAUUCCACUGGCCGAUUGUGAUCGCGGCACUUCAGAACCAGACAUCGCACGGCGAACUAACAGACUCGAUUUUUUUGAUUAUCGUUGAUUCAUUGUCUGAGCCAACGAAGGUUUUCGAGGCGCUGCAUGGGCUGUCUCAGAUCGCCAAAUCUGUCCCGGAUGCGCUCAGCAAAUUUCAGGCCGGAGCCCAUGGAUCGAAAUUAGCUGGAAGGCUUCUGUUUCUGGCAGAAACUUCUGACGAGGAAGUGGCCAGCCUUGCAGAGUCAGUGCUAACAGAAUUCAAAGAGAUUGGAGUCGUUGAGACGAGCGCCAAGUCGAGUUUCGAGCUCUUGCAAUACAAUUUCGAUCACGUCAAUGAGGAAUCCCUUUCGAUUGGGUCCCUGCUAAGCAUAGCAGAAGACUUACUCGGUGCCGCUGACCCGGAGGCCCGGGCCUCCAUCGCUAAAGAUAUCUUGCCCUCUCGUCAAACGUGGGAGACGGCCUUGCGGCCAUUCCUGGAGCUUCCUCCUCGCCCAUCGACAGCUAUCACAAGUCCGCUUGGCGGGACUGUUCAUUUAGUAAACCCUGAGAUAUCAGAUACACUUAAGGAACAGUACCACACUAUUCCUCGUGAUUCCAGUGGGUGUUCGUCCGCGUUUCGACUCGCAUAUUUCACCAUUCGUGUUCUUUCAUCGUUCGAUAUAAUGGGCAAUUUGUCGGCAGAGGAGCAGGAGACGCUGUUUCACUACAUACCCUUAGCUGUACAGCUGAUUGACGACGAUUUGAGCAUUGAAAAUUGCAACGGUAUUACUGGAUUAACACACUCGGACCAACGAGAAGAAUACUUGGAGAUUGUUUACGAUGGCCGCAAAGUGAUGAACCAGUGGACGGGUUCAGACGGCCGUCAGUCUGAAGCGAAUGCGACAGUCGCCUUAAGAACCCUGUCCUUCUGGCAGAACAAACUCGAAGCUCUAAACAAUACCUCUCCGACGGACUAUCGAAUUGGAGAAGCCUUUGUCAGGCUGAUGAACAGCCUCGACUCUGCUAACAAGAGUAAAUCCACAGAGGAUAUCACUAACAUCUGUAGGGAAAUGCGAAGCGCGAAUGCGAUUCGAUCGGCAUCCUGGGUGGCAGUCUUACGGGAAUCCAUUCUAGGAAAUCCGACGGGCAACCGGCUGUGCAAUGAACUGGUCGCAGACUCUACGGGCUUGAAGCCUCAAGAUGAGAAGAAGGAAGGUAGGUUGCCAAUAGGAUCAUCCCUUGGCGACUCUACUGAUGCGCUUCAAGGUCUCCGAAAACUGUCUUUGCUUAAUCUUCUUCUUGCGGGGGAAAUAAACGUGGCGUCAACCAUUCCGACUCAGCGUCUAGUCUUCCUUGUCAAGCAUCUCAUACAAUGUCUCCAGUCCAAGGACUUGCCGCUCAAUAUUCAAGCCGAGAUCAUGCAUACCCUGACCUUUGUCCUUCCUUGCCUGAAUGAGAUAUAUGGGUCUCAUUGGGAAGACUGCAUGGAAGCUCUCAGCACAGUUUGGCGCGAGACUAGCGGGGGCGAUGAAGCUCUACCCCUACUCCUUGGUUCCUUCAGACUUUUCGCAAGCCUGAGGUCAAUCGUUGCUGAAGAAGACAGCAAUGAUGAUGUCAAAGACGCCUGGUCAGAACGCAAGACAGUCCUUUUUAACGGCUUAGCCUCAACCCUUACAAAAUUCGACUACACCAUUGCUUUCCAUCAGCCCCGAGAUGUUACCGUUGAAGUGCUAUGCCGCUUGAUCAAGGUGAUGCCUGUUGAGAGCCUAGAGGACGCGAGUAGGAUAUACCAUCUCUUGACAGCUGACAGCCGAGUUAUCCAACGUGCAGCUUUUACUCUCCUGCACCGUUAUAUCCCAUCAGUGCAAGAGCAAGUCUCGUUUGAUGUGGCAUUAUCCAAAUCCGUAGUCAGGCUUCCUGAUGAGUUGAUGUCUUUGCUACUUGAAGCCCCCACGAUGGAAUCGAUCACUCUUGCGGAUGGCGAUGACAAGAUCUGGACCAGUAUAAGAUCUUACUUGCUGAGCUGGAAAGUCGUAUUUGACCACUUUGUCAACGCGUCUCUCCCGGUUCAGGAGCAAUAUGUUGCAAGUAUCAAGGACAGCGAUAGCCUUGGUCCAUUGCUAGAGUUCAUGUUUGAUUUCCUUCAGCAGCCCAACAAUAAACUGGUGGAUGCUUCGAAGUUUGACAUUCGCUCUUUUGAACCUGAUCAAUCCGAGACUCAAGAGAAAGAGACCCAAUGGCUUUUGGUCCACCUAUACUUUUUGUGUCUGAAGCACCUUGGGAAUAUGACGAAGAACUGGUGGCUGGACACAAAGAAGCGCAUAAAAGGGCCUGUCGAGGCGUGGACAGAGAGAUUUAUCUCGCCUUUGAUCAUCGAAGACUCACUCAAGGGGGUGGAUGAGUGGAUGACCACGCAGGAUCCCAACGAAGAGCGCGCGCUUUCAGUGAAGAUCUCUCCCAAGACCGCGGAGAUCAUCGCGAGCAUCCCUGUUGAUGAAGAGUCGCCCCCAGUUGCGCUGUCGAUCUCCCUUCCUCCAGCGUAUCCACUCCAGCCUGCCCUCGUCGUGGGGCGGAGCCGAGUGCUGGUCGACGAGAGGAAGUGGAAGAGCUGGCUGCUCACCAUUCAGGGUGUGAUCAUGUUCUCCAACGGCAAUCUUGUGGACGGACUGAUGGCCUUCCGCAAGAACGUGCAGGGCGCUUUGAAGGGCCAGAGCGAAUGUGCCAUCUGUUACUCGGUGAUCUCGACGGACAUGCAGACGCCGAAUAAGCGAUGCGCCACUUGCAAGAACACCUUCCAUUCGGUGUGUCUCUUCCGCUGGUUCAAGAGCAGCAACCAGAGUACCUGCCCUCUGUGCCGCAACAACUUUGUAUAUGUAUAG